GGUGAUGUCAUCUGCAUCAUCCUCCAUCCAAAGUGAGGAUUCUCUCCCGCGGGAAAAAGGGGCAAAGAAAAAUCCUCUCGUUGGUUCGGUGCUUUAGCAGCAUCCUUGCAUGUUUGAAGUCUCGCAGUUGAUUGGUCAAUGCCGUAACAGAAGCUCUAUUGAUUAUCUUCGUAGCUGAAAGCGGAUAAUGACGAGGCUUAAAGUCUAUGCAGAUCGAAUGUCCCAGCCAUCUCGAGCGGUUCUUCUCUUCUGCAGGUUAAACAGAUUAGACUUCGACGAGAUUAAAGUAGAUAUUUCCAAACGUCAGCAAUUAUCCCCUCAAUUCAAAGAAAUUAACCCUAUGCAGAAAGUUCCAGCUAUUGCUCAUGGAACCUUCAAUCUCUUUGAGAGCCAUGCAAUUCUUAUCUACCUUGCUACCGCCUUUCCCAGAAUUGCUGACCAUUGGUAUCCAGCUGAUAUUUAUGGGAGAGCAAAAAUUAACUCGGUACUGGAUUGGCAUCACUCUAAUCUACGACAUGGUGCAGUGACAUAUGUUGUAAAUACUGUAUUAGCACCUGCUCUUGGUUAUCCACUUGAUCCCAAGGCAGCUGCUGAAGCAGAGAAAGUUUUAUUGUAUUCCCUGUCAAAACUAGAGGACGUCUGGCUCAGUGGAGAUGGAUGUUUCUUGGUCGGUGGCUUUCAACCUUCUAUAGCAGACCUCAGCAUGGUUUGUGAACUCAUGCAACUCGAGGUUUUGGAUGAGAAGGAUAGAAUUCGAAUAUUGACCCCAUACAAGAAGGUUCUUCGGUGGAUUGAGGCCACAAAAGCUGCAACAAGUCCUCACUUUGAUGAAGUACAUAAUAUCCUCUUUAAAGCUAAAAGGAAAUUUCAGGAGCAGCGUUUAAGGGAAGCUAACUUUGGGACUAAGCCUAACAAGAUGGGAGGGCUGUCAAAGAUGUGAAAACAAAUUGCAUCUUUCUCGUUGGUUUAAGGUUAUGAUAUACAUUUAGUCGUUUUCUUUCUAUAUGCUUCAGCUGAUACUGUAAUAUUGUCGUCUCGCUGAAGCAAAUGAAUCUAUGUUGGAAUGAGUUUUGUGCUUCAUAUGACUGUUAGAAGAAUGUUUCUUGUAACUGAAUAAGAUUGUGUGAAAUCAGUUAAGGAAUACGGUUACGUAUGGCAUUCCAUGAUCUAUCUUCUGCUUGUGUUUAAGUUA